AUGAAUAGGGAGAUUCCAGGGUUCUACUAUGACCCCGAAAAGAAAAAGUACUUCAAGAUCCAGGCCAAUCACAAGGCCACUCCAGGGUCGCAAUACACCCAAGAUACGGUCAAGCGGAAGCGCGUAGACCAGGAGAAGCGCCAAAGGAAAAUCCAUCUGACGAAAAGAGCCACGAAAGAGAAAAUCAAAAGGGCUGCUUUUCUGUCAAACCCUCUACUGGGAGUGCAGAGGGAGAUUGGUUCUGAACUUGUAUCUUCCAGCAUCCGACAAGAGCAGAGGAGCGUGAUUUACGCAAGCCAGCUUCGUCGAAACCAACUUCACCAAUUCGAGCCGUGGCCUGAUGAGUAUACCAUCAAGCAUGUGCUGCGCAACAAGCGCUCAGGCAUCUUGAUAGCCAGUGGCCAUCGUGGUGGUGAAUCGUCUGUUUCGGUAUGCUUCCCGGAUUGCGACCAAGAUAAAUGGACAUAUAACCGCACGAUGGAGCGCGUUCUUUUCAAAGAGCCGUACAGACUAUCCUCCGUCUCACUAAGCCAUACCGGCUACCUACUGGCGACGAUGGAUAGCGGUCCGAACGGCGACUCAUUUCUGGCGCCGCGCAUGCUGCCGGAUCCCGACGAAGGUGGAGAUUACCGGUGGCCCACGUCGUUUUACCAUCCAAUCCGUCUCCGCACAUCAUCAUCCCUAUGGUGUUCAUCCGCCUGUCCAACCGGCGAGAUGCCGCUUUUCGCCGUCGGAACCUCAGACGGCCUAUACACACUAGAAGGAUUCGGCAGCUACUGGGCAUUAUCGAAGAAGUCCUUCCCUAACGACAUACUAACAGGAAAGCCGAUCUUACAACGCCGAGUGGACUCUUCCCAUGCUAUCGUCACGAGUGUCGAAUGGCUCUCAUCCGAUGUAAUAGCCGCUGGUCUCAAAGACUCGACUAUAUUCCUCCACGACCUGCGCAGCGGAGGCAGCGCAACCCGACUCCAACACCCUCACGCAGUUACCAAGAUGCGAAGAGUAGAUCCUUACCGGAUCGUCGUGGCGGGUAUAAACUCGCUCCAAAUGUACGAUAUCAGAUACCCGGCCAACGGCCUUCAACGCAAUCCACAACCCAACAAGAAACACCACACAUCGACUAAGCCUUAUCUUACAUUUGCGGACUAUUCGCCUGAAGGAAUACCGGAUUUCGACAUCAGCUUGGAACUUGGGCUCCUCGCUAGUGCAUCCGACGAGCGAAAGAUCCAGCUCUUCUCUCUCCGUACCGGUUCACAAGUCUCGUCACCAUUAUCAGGGUAUCAAUACGCGAACCCCAUUUCCUCAGUCUGCUUCGAGCCCGGAGACGGUUCCCUACAUGGACCCCAAACACCUAGCUUAUUAGUUUGCGCGCAAGCUACGGUGGAUGAAUGGAUCUGGUCGAAUACGCCAAAGACGAAAUGAACUCAUUCAUGUGGCCAAGAAAAAGAAGAACAAUGCUCUAUUCAAAUGCAACGCUCAUUGGGAAUAUAACUAGAAAUACAUGAGUCAAGAA